AUGAAGCGCUCCCAGGCCCUGACCCGCACUUAUCUUUCAUUGCCGAAGACAGGCGUCUUUGUAGAGAAUGAAGAUCUGCGUCCCAGUGAUCGCGUGGGUAUUCUGAAGAUCGGCGUUUCUCAGAGCAUCGAAUGGCCGGGGCUUUAUUCAGCACGCAAAUCUAUGCUUCAGGCGCAGGCACAGACCUUUGAUUAUAGCAGGCAGGUCAAGGCCCUUGAAUUACGAAGAUCCUUACAGAACACUUAUUAUACACUUUGGUACCUGCAAAGCAAGCAACAGCUCUGGCAACAGCUGGAUAGUCUUUAUUCGUCUAUUGCAAAGGCGGCCAUCCUGCGUGUAAGAACCGGUGAGAGUGCGGGCCUGGACAGCAUUUCCGCCAAUGCAAAAAGUGCGGAGAUCCGGUUACAGCUGUCCAUGCUCCAAACAGAUAUUGAAGUGCAGCAAUCGGCCUUGAAGGCGGUCAUUAAUAUAGAUACGAGCUUCCUGGCGGAAAACACGAUACUGCAAAAAAUAGAAGUGAUGGAUGAAGAGCCAUUGCAGGCAAGCCAUCCGGAACUGUUGCUGCAACAGCAAAACAUCAGGGUAGCGGAUGCAGACCUGCGGAUAGCCCGCCGGAGUAUACUACCCGAUCUUUCUGCCCGGGUGUUCUCACAACAGCUUUAUGGUAUGGCCAAUCCAUUUACCGGAUUCUCCGUAUCGCUGGGUAUCCCGUUGUUAAGCAGCGGCAGUUAUAAAGCUAAGAUACGGGCAGCAAAGCUGGAAGCAGACUAUCAGCAAAAUACCUUGCGCUAUGAAGAGCAGCUAUUAAGAACUGGUAUCGACCAGGCAGCCAGAAACCUGGAAAAAGACCGGCAAAUGGUAGCUUAUUAUGAAACGAGCGGACUCACACAAUCGGCCGCAAUUAUGAAGGCCGCCAAUCUUUCGUACCGCGCAGGGGAGAUCAGCUUUGCAGAGUUGUCAGCUUUUCUGACGCAGGCCAUUGACAUCCAAAAGAAUUACCUCGAUGCGUUGCAGCAGUACAACCAGUCGGCUAUUAAACUUCAUUAUUACCUGAACAAGUAA